GUUUGAAUUCCGAUUGAAGUAACGGCAGAACGGAGCGAGAUCCCGGCCGUCAUCUUCCCUCUCCAACCGCGGGGUCGGAUACAGCGACGUUGAAGAAAUUCGGACAUCUCGAUCACUCAGGGCAAAAUGGAUUCUUUGAUCUCAGUUUCUCAAGUGGGGUCUUCUGACCACAAGUUUAUUUCUCCAGCUACGAAGCGACAGGCUGUUCAGACUCUAAAGUCCUCUGUAAAAAUGGAUGUUGCAGCAAAUGAUGAUGAACGUGAAAGGAGAGAGAGAAGGCGCUCAAAAGUGACAGACUUGCAACUAAGUGGCACAGAGAGCCCUUUGGUAUCCCCAGUGCAAAGGGGGACCCCACAAUCCUUUGAACCCAAACUGUCAAAUAAUCAGAUAUCUGAACACUAUUCUACCUGCAUCAAACUAUGUUCUGAAAAUAAAAUCACCACAAAGAAUGCAUUUGGUCUUCAUUUGAUUGAUUACAUGGCUGACCUCCUCAAGGAGAAGGAAUCUGAACUCACUAACUUCAAGAUGGCAGCUGGUACCUUGGAUGCCAGUACGAAGAUCUAUGCAGUGAGAGUGGAUGCGGUUCAUUCAGAUGUGUUCAGGAUCCUGGGGGGCCUUGGAAAAAACACUGAAGAGCCAGGUGCUGAAGUAAACCCUGAGUCUUUGGAAGGCCAAAAUGCAAAAGGAUCUCAGAAGCAAAACAAAAGGAAGCAUUCUUAUAAAACGAUUGAGCAAAAUUUGAAUAACAUCACAUAUGGAGCCAGUGACAUGAAGUGUGAGAUUGACCCAAUGUUCCAGAAAGCUGCUUCAAUGUUUGACGAAUGCAGUGCAGUGGGCGUUUUCAUGGUUAAUUUGCAGACUUACGGACACUCUGCUGAGCUGCUGUUUGAUUCUGAUGCCAAACUCAUUGAUACUGGUCCUGCACCAGAGUUGCCACCCAUUGACCAUGUGGAGAUAUCUGACCUUGGAGCCCUUCAGCAAUCUCUGGAUGACAAGAAGAUCUGUCCUUCAUUAGAAGAUUUUCAGUUUACGAAUUGGGACAGUGAGGCUCACAAUCAGGCUGUUUGUUCAAUGCUGGACAAAUUCAAAAAAAGUGAUCACUUAUUCGAUAUGAAUGCAGAGCCAGAAUUUGUCAGUGGUCAGCUGGGAAGCCAUGACCCUGUGGUGGAUGACUUUGACGGGGACCUUUGUGACGAUGCUACAGAUGUGAUGGACCAGGAUUUCGAUAACCAGCAAGAAUCUUCCAUCAUGGCAAAUGGUGAAGACUGUAAAGAAAUCAUUUCCCUCUCAGAUGGGGAUUUCAACAGCCUCUGUGUUCAGCUGUCAAACCACCCAGGGGAAUAUUCCUACUUCAGCCCCAGAAUCAUGAAGAUGUGGGCAGGUCCUAAUCAUUGGCGUUUCAAACCUCGACAGAAGGAGACAUUUGCUCCCCAAAAUAAGAGAAAGCAAGCCAAGAAAACAUUUGAAGUUGACUUCAAUGAAGUUAGCAAUUUUGAGAUUCAGUUCAAAGAGACUAGGGCUGCCACGACAAUCUCUCAAGCUGCAUUAGAUCGACGCAGUAGAAAGCUGACAACACUACCUACAGAUUUCCAUUAUGAUCCAGACAACAUUGCCCGGUUGUUCCUUAAACCUUGUGUCACGAUAAAGAGGAUUGUGAAAGAAAAUAUUUGCCCGGAUCAAGAUGAGGGAAUUGGGGAUUAUGAUUAUAAUAAUCCCAAUGACACAUCAAACUUCUGCCCCAGAACUCAGCUUGACAGUGAUGAUGAUCAUGAUGGGUUUGUGGCUGCAAAUGAGUCCUUUGCUGCAUUGGAACAAGACGAGAAUGGCUUGGAACUGGAUGGAAAGGACUUAAACAUCACAACCUAUGGAGGAGAAAAUUUAGUGGCAGAGCCUCAUAAAGUCAACAAAAUCUUACUGAAUUAUUCAAAGACAGCAAAAAAGAUGGAUGUGAAAAGAUUGAAACAGAACAUGUGGGAUCUACUGACUGAAAAUAAAAACAUCACGGAAGGAAAAAAUGGAGUGACUGAGGAGCUGCAAGUCGCUGUAAUGACAGUGAAAGGACAGAAAAGCUUUACAACAAUCACCAAGAAUCUGUUUGAAAGAUUACCUAGUACAAUGGCAAAGAACCUGUCUGUUCCUAUGGCAUUUGCCUGUUUGCUUCAUUUAGCCAAUGAAAAGAAUCUUGCAAUUGAGGGCAAGGAAGAUUUAUCUGAUGUUAUCAUCAAGCAAGGAAUCUGAAGACAUUCUGAUUGUACAUACAUGUAAAGCAUAAGUUGGAGGGGUUGUACAUAUUUGUAAAUCUUUUCUUGCACAGUGAGCCUUGUAUCAUGGCUAUUACUUGACCCCAUUGGGUGCUUUCCUUCAUUUGUAUAAAGAAUUUAUUCAGACAACUAAUUGGCAACUUUUCAGUGUUGAAAUUAUGAUUUGAGAUUUAUGUUAAAUGAUUAACACCCUAAUGAAUAUCCAGAGACAACUUUUUGAUAAAGACUUGUUACCUUUCCAUCCAACUGUCAUUUGAAGACUAUUUUAACCUCGUAUUUUAGCUGUUGUCUUUGUAAAAUAAAGUGGAAUAAAGAUUUUUUUUAACUUUUUGACAGAACAGAAGCAUUGUAGGCAAGGUCAGUAUUUAUUGCCCGUAUGUAAUUAUGUUUUGAACUGCUUUUUUGAGAAAUAAACGCCUUUAAUGACAAAUCACUCAAAA